AUGGCCGCCAGCCAGAAUGUCGAUAAUUCAGCGGACAAUGCGCUGGCGAAGAUGGGGUACAAGGUAGAACUACAGCUGAAUCUCAGCAUGAUACCGAUCCUCGGACUGUAUGCCACCAAGGACAUCCCACAUCUAACACACCCAAUAUUCGGAUAUUCGGAUGAGAUCUUGAGGGAACUAUUUUGCUGACAGCUUCCACCAUAGGUCUUUCACGGUCAUGAAUUUUUUUAUCGCCGAUAGCUCAAGCGAAGAAUUGCAUACUAAUCUUGAAUCUUGAGGAUUUUGCAGUUAUUCUAUUUGUAUGUAUAUGCUAGCUGCAAUCAUACCAGAUCCACCAAUGUCGAUUACUUUGGGGGACCAUGUACGACAAUGUACAAUAUCCUCACAGAUUGCCAAUCUGUACGGUGAUCAUUAUUUGGGGAUGGGUGUUGGUUUCUCUGAUCUCACUUGGAAUUGAUUCUUCGCUCGCUGAGAUAUGAUCUGCGUUUCCCACCGCUGGUAGGGUUUAUUACCGGUCUACUAUGCCCCCACUGAGGGAAUAUGCACCAACAGCUUCAUGGAUUACCGGCUGGCUAACGCAGAUUGGAAACUAAAAAGUCCCAACAAGAAUAGAUUUCUCCAGCGUGCAGUUGAUUUUGAGCGCAAUUACAUUGCGGAUGACUAGGCACCUAAAGAAUGGCAAACUAUCUCGAUGUUUUGGUGCAAACCUGAUCCUGGUAGCGGUGCAUUUUAGGAUAUCGUCUUAAAAACCCCUUAUAGGCGUAAUGUUGGUACGUGCUCCUAUCAAUAUAUCAGGCGCAAAGCACCUAGACCCAUCAAUAAGAUAAGUAUCUACUGGGCUGCGGCAAGUGCAGUAAUAAUCCCCGCCACCUGCUUUUGAUAGUGGAUACCAUUGGGGGCGGAGGAUUUGUUCUUUUUCACACUUUGACGCAUCUCCUAGUGGAUGGCUUGAUAGAUGGGCCUUAUUUGUGGGGCUGUUUCAGGCCGCCUAUACACUUACGGGGUACAGGAUGGUUCCCUCAACCCGUAAGGAGGUCCAGCAGCCUCAGCGUAAAGUUCCCAGAGCUAUAGUACUUCCAGUCGCAGCGGCGGGUAUGACAGGUGUGGUCUUAUUUGGACACAAUAUUGAUUGUUCUGCUGGACGCGAAGCCAGUAUCCGAAUCUGUAUUAUAAGUAGACAGCAAACUAGAGCACGACUCCGUGCCAUUACCGUAAGUGCUAGUGGAGGGUUUGGGCUCUUUUUUUUUUUUUUUUUUUGAGCAUGAACUUCCUUGGAAAAUGUGGUUACAUGGAUAUAUUGACCUCGAACUCUAUGACGUCCUGUGUUAAUCUGGAGCGCAGCUCUUUGAAAUCCAGAGCUAUCCCCGGGAGUUAUUUCAUAAUUUAAGACCUACUAUAGAGAAUGUGAUAUUCCCGUAGAUAGUGCCAUACCCGGUUCAAAACUGUAAGGUCCUCGAGGAAGUUCCGAGGACCCCGCGCUCCCCCCAAUGUUAGAAACUCCGAGAACCCCUGACAAUCAUUAACGGCAGGUAGUCGAAAGCAGAGACCAGGUGUGGCCUCCCAUUGUGGGGGUUGUUCCUUUCAACCAUGGUUUGCUGUUUAUUAGGUUUGAUAUACUCUGCAGGUAUAAUAACCUUUUGCGAAAGAGUAACAUUGACCAGUUGUAGCACGGCAGACUGUAACUCAUUCACUGGGGGAGGCCACCACUGGCAGCUUCCCAAGCACCUCCUAUGGCCUACCCUUCCUAAUCUCGCUCCUUCGGAGCCGGAAGUUGCACGCAGAGACACCCUACUCACUCGGCAAGUUUGGCAUAGAAAUUGACAUCCUGACAAUAUGUUGGAUUUGUCCCGCCAUCGUAUUAUUCUGCAAGCCAGUGUCUAUACCCAUUGGGACACCAGCAAUGAGU